AUGGCUUCCCCCGAUGUGGACUUCGACGUCGUUAUCGUCGGCUACGGGCCAGUAGGUAUGACAUGCUCCCUGCUCCUCGCACAACAAGGCAUUUCUGUCUGCGUCGUCGAGAAGUAUUCGACCCGUUACAAUGGGCCCAGGGCGGGCCAUAUCGACGGCGAGAUCAUGAGGGUAUUCCAGGCGCUGGUGGUGGCGAAAAGGCUGGAACUGCACGCUCGCGCGGUGACCGAGUUCGAGAUAAGGACGGUAGAAGGUGAGACCCUCCGGAAAAUGUCCUUGUCGGACGGUGGUGGUGCCACAGGCUGGAAGUCGGACUAUUUCUUCUACCAGCCGGUCUUGGAAGAAACCUUGGACGCUCGAGGGAAGGAGCUGGGGAUCCAGGUGAAAAUGAACCCUUUGGCCGUCGACAUCAUCGAACAUGGUGACACCGUUCUCCUACGGACCCGUGACACCUCAAACCCGGACGGAAUUCAGUCGGUUUUGAAGACCCGGUACGUCAUUGGCUGCGACGGCGCCAACAGCUUCGUGUAG